AGUCUCACCGGUCCGCCCGCCGUGCCUAGUCGCGCGGCGUGAGCUCCCCAGGGACCGCGGCUCGGGAUGCUGUCCGCCAGCGCGGCCGCUCGCGCGCCGCCCGCCACCCCUUCCCUUGACUCCUGGGCCAUGCCCCAGUGUUUACAUGCCGGUGAAGCCCCCGGCCACUCCGAACCCCUCCAAGCCCCAGCUCCCCGAGGGUGAAGCCAGCCGGCCUGCGAACUGGACUGGUAGUUCAGACCAGGGCCCUCCGGACUCAUCCCCAUCCGCUCUGCCGCCUCAGCCACCAUCUGGGCGGGAUCCGGCUCUGGUGUUUUGAGGAGGGGGUGUGGUGUAGGGAAAGGAAUCCUGGGGAUUUCUGGCUCCCCCUCUUUUUUUGGCCUUCGGGGCUUCAGACUCAGGGAACUCGCUCAUGGCUUUUUUGAUGAAGAAGAAGAAAUUCAAAUUCCAAACCACUUUCACCCUGGAGGAGCUGACUGCGGUCCCCUUCGUGAACGGGGUCCUCUUCUGCAAGGUCCGGCUGCUGGAUGGCGGGGAUUUUGUCAGCUUGUCGUCAAGGGAGGAGGUGCAAGAGAACUGUGUGCGGUGGCGGAAGAGGUUCACCUUCGUGUGUAAGAUGAGUGCCAACCCGGCCACCGGCCUGCUGGACCCCUGCAUCUUCCGUGUGUCGGUGCGCAAGGAGCUGAAAGGUGGGAAGGCUUACUCCAAGCUGGGCUUUGCCGACUUGAACCUGGCGGAGUUUGCAGGCUCGGGCUCCACAGUGCGCUGCUGCCUGCUGGAGGGAUAUGACACGAAGAACACCCGACAGGACAACUCCAUCCUCAAGGUCACCAUUGGAAUGUUCCUGCUCUCUGGAGACCCCUGCUUCAAGACGCCGCCGUCCACUGCCAAGUCCAUCUCCAUCCCAGGCCAGGAUUCCUCCCUGCAGCUGACGUGUAAGGGUGGCGGGACCAGCAGCGGUGGCAGUGGCACCAACUCCCUGACAGGGUCCCGGCCCCCCAAGGCCCGGCCCACCAUCCUCAGCUCAGGGGUGCCAGGGGAGCCGGACCAGAACCUCUCCAGCCCCGAGGAGGUGUUCCACUCCGGCCACUCCCGCAACUCCAGCUACGCCAGCCAGCAGUCCAAGAUCUCUGGCUACAGCACCGAGCACUCGCGCUCCUCCAGCCUCUCCGACCUGACGCACCGCCGGAACACGUCCACCAGCAGCAGCGCCUCGGGCGGCCUCAGCAUAGCUGUGGAGGGUCCCGAGGGCAGCGAGCGUGAGCACCGGCCCCCCGAGAAGCCGCCGCGGCCACCCCGGCCCCCACAUCUGUCGGACCGCUCGUUUCGGAGGAAGAAGGACUCCGUGGAGAGCCACCCGACCUGGGUGGAUGACACGCGGAUUGACGCUGAUGACAUCGUGGAGAAGAUCAUGCAGAGCCAGGACUUCACGGACGGCAGCAAUACUGAGGACAGCAACCUCCGGCUGUUCGUGAGCCGCGAUGGCUCCACCACCCUGAGUGGCAUCCAGCUGGCCAACAGACUUGUUUAUUUAUCGCACACCAGCUACACACCAGAUACUGAGCUAUCCCUAGGUGCUGGGGAUACGGCAGUGAGCAACACAGAUUUCUGCUACAUGAUGUUCAGAGACGAGGAGGUGGGUCUCCUCUGGGGUCUAUGAGCCAGUCGUGAUUGAAAGCCAUUGAGGAGCCGGCGUCCAGGCUGGAGAAGGGCCCUGCCUUCACAGGCAUCCAGACCCAAGUCAUUCCACAAGGGACCUUCCCCUUCGGAUCACCAUCCGUGCUGCAUUUCAUCUGUGCCUGCUCCAUGCACUCCAGCCCCAAAGCAUCAUUCCAUUGACCUCCCGUCAUUGCUGGGACGCUCAUGGCCCACCGGGGCCCCGGGCACCACUGUGAAUAUUCUCCUCUGAACCACUAGAGGGCAGGACACAUGGGCCCGUGAAGCAGGUGGGCCAAACACGGCGGGGACGGUCCCUCUGUACACCCACCUGGCCCCUCGGCGAGGACCUGCAGCCACUCCUGCACCUGCAAGGAUGCUUGUGGCUGAGGGGCCUCUUGUUCUGUGUCCCUGCUCACUCCCGGAGCGCUGGUCCAGCCAGUGGCGCUGGCAGGGCCUUGCUCCAUUGCUCCCUUGCCCUUGGGGGGCCGGUCCGCCCCUGGAAUCCUGCCACCAUGGCCCUCUGACUGCUCAGUGCUUCAGCUGCCCCUUCCCUGUGUCCCGGGGGACCUGCUGGCGGCCUCCUCCUGGGAACCAAGACCUCAAACCCCACCCACACUCCAGACUGAGACCCCACCUCCCCCUGCAACGAAUGUUCUCCUGCUGCCCUGGCAGCCUGCACUUUGCACACGCUUGUCUCCAGCACAGCGCCCUGGCCCUCACCUGCCUGUGCUCUGAGCCCUUCCCAAGGAUUCCUGGGCGCUGCCUGCUGUGCAGUCAGCAGCCCAGCCCUAGCAGCCCGGCUGGGACGUGGCACUGCCCCUCCCCCCUCCAGUUAGCUCCAGCUCAGGCCCGAGCCCCAUGCUGAGAAAGGUCUGAGCAUGGACGGUGGUUCCCCUCUGCCCGGGACUGGGUCCUGAGCAGCUGGCUUCCAGUAGGAAGCCAGGGCAGGUGCCUCCCAAGCCCUUGGAGGUCAGUGGCCUGGCUGGGCUGGGCUUGGCAGGCAAAGCACCCUUUCUCUCCUCUCAGGGUCAGCUGGCCUAGGCCGGGGCCAGUGCUGGAGAGGCAGGUGGGCUGUGACUGGACUGGCCUGGAGCUGGCUUCCUGGCCGGAAAAGCCUCAGCCAUCCUCUGAAAGCAUCCCCUCUCUGGGCAAGGGCGAGGUGGGGUCCAUUAAUGGGGUUUUCCCAGCGGGGGGGCAGUCUGGCCCUGCCCCCGCCCCCACCCCUCCCUAAAUCCUCUGCUCUCAGCACUUUCCCCGUCCUAGUUCUCGUUACUUGCUUGCAGGUGGGUUCUGACUGCCAGCCAGUCCCUGGACAGACCCCCUUGCCGCUCUUAAAUUUCACUCAUUUUGUAUAAACCCAGCAGGCUGGUGUUUACUUAGCCCUAUACCUUUUUCCUUUUCUUUCCUCUUUUUUUCCUUCUUUCUUUCCUUCCUUUCUUUUUCUUUUCUUUUUUAGAGUUCACAGUUUGGUAUUUUCUCCUCCCCCAGGCGAGGGGAGGUGGUUCUGUCCUCUCCCUACCCGCUGGCUGGGUCCCAGCAGGGCUGGGGAUCUGGGUGGGGGCAGAUGGGGGUGUCUCCUCCCCAGGCUGGGAGGGGUCCUUGCCCUUCUGCCCCACUGGCAAGAAUUGGAGUCUUGGUCUUGGAACCUCCUGGCGUUGGGACCAGAGCAUUUCUAGGAUUUUUGUUGUUGUUGUUUUUAAUUACCUAACUUUUAGAAAAUGAAUGUUAGAAGGUGCCUGCUGAGGCAGGACGGAGCAUUUGCUCUGGCUGGAGAAGGCUCUGGUCAGCUCUGCGGGUCGCUUCCUGCCCUACAGACACCUGGCACUUUAAAAGGGAGCUGGCCGCACUGUCUCCAGUUGAAGUGACCCCCAGAAGAUGGGGGAAUGCUGUCCUUCCCUUCUGUAUCUUCAUGACCUCAGCCCAGUGAGGAGAUGCAUUCAGGGUGUAUUGGGGUCUGAUUCAAAGUUCUGGGGCUUUAGACAUAAAAUAGCCGGCUUUGGUGCUGUUGGGGAGAAUUCCCCAAACCAGGAACCCCAGCCCCACCCUAGGUGAGGUCUGAACUUGACAGUCACCCCAGAAGGAGACAGAGCCUGCCACACCCUCCCACGCUAGGCCCUGGGCCAGAGUAAUUGGACUAACAGAAUUCGGCCAAAACCAAAUUAAUGCUGGCUGGAGCCGGAGGCCUGGAGCCCUGGCCUCAUCCCUACGUGGGAGCUCUUUCUUCGGCCCCCUGGUCCCCUCAAGCUCAGUGAAUUCCCAUUAGGUGCCCACAGCUCCGGACUUAAAAUCCUAUAUAUAUAGAGAGAGAUAGAAAGAGUAUAUUAGAGAUAUUUUCGGAAAGGAAUUGGUCUAUGCAAUGCCAGUUUGGAAUCUUCUUAAAAGACAGUUUAACGUUUUUACUAGGAGAUUUAAAGAAAAGAAAUAAAGGUCUACAAUAUUUUUAGUUUUUUUUUGGUUUUUUUUUUUUCUGGUCACACCACAAACUGACCACAUGGCAUGAUCUGCCAGGAUGGAGAAUGUCCAUGGCUUCCUCUCUUUAGGGAGGUGAGCAGGGAGAUGGGGGGAGGGGAGGUCUUUUUUUUUUUUUUUAACACCCCUCCUUUCUAACAGAAUGUUAUACCACCACCCCCUGAUUCAGUGGGCUGUGUUUAUAUCUCUGUCCCAGCUUCUAUUGUAGAAAAUAACAUUGUAAAGGGAAAUCAGCCUAGUGUCAGUGUCUUGGUUUGGGGGGGAAAAAAAAUUAAACGUUGCAGUUUUUGUUUGUUAUGGCA